AUGGUUAACUCUCCAUUACCGACCGAUCUUGCUGGCGAAUGCCGAAAAGCUGCAAAGAUUUUAAAUAGUUUUAUAGACCCUGUUGAAGCGAAGGGCCCGGACAAGGUUAUUCCUCCCAACAUUUUGCAAAAAGCAAAGGGGUUUGCUAUAUUUACAGUCAUUAAAGCCGGUUUCUUGUUUUCCGGUCGCGCUGGCUCGGGUUUGGUGGUUGCAAGACUCGAAGACGGAUCAUGGUCUGCGCCUUCUGCGAUCGGUACGGGUGGCAUGGGUUUUGGGGGUCAGAUCGGAGCUGAAGUUACAGACUUUGUAAUUGUCCUAAAUAGCCGCGAUGCUGUGAAAUCAUUUAUGCACGGAGGAAAUGUGACAUUAGGUGGCAAUCUGUCAGUUGCUGCUGGUCCAAUUGGAAGAAAUGCUGAAGGAGCAGGUUCAGUUUCCGUAGGACAUGUUGCUGCUAUAUUUUCCUAUAGCAAAACAAAAGGUCUUUUUGCAGGGGUAUCGAUCGAAGGUUCAGUAAUAAUUGAGCGCAAAGAUGCAAACUCCAAAUUUUAUCACCGAAAAGUUUCCGCCAAGGAGCUACUUUCUGGACAAAUUGCUCCACCACCUCAAGCCGAUGUUCUCUAUCGCGCACUCACUGCUCGCGCGGCACGCCCCGAUCCCAACAGUCAUGCUAUUACACCUUACAAUCCCAACAGUCAUACUAAUACAUCUUACAAUCCCAACAGUCAUGCUAUUACACCUUACAAUCCGCACUUAGAAUCUGGACGGAAUAAUAUUCGACACAGCCAACCUCCUCCGUACACUCCCGUAGCCUAUCCUACAGACGAACAGUCUUACAUGGGCAGGAGCAAUAGCGUUGGAGGACAGAAUAAACCAGUAUUGGCGCCCAAGCCAAAGAUGCCUCAACGGACUCCACAGUUAGAGGCGGUAGCAUUGUAUGAUUUUGCCGGUGAGCAAAGCGGGGAUUUGAGUUUUCAAAAAGAUGACAUUAUCACUAUAUUAAAGAAGUCUGAAAGCACGAAUGACUGGUGGACGGGAAGGGUCAACGGACAGGAAGGGAUUUUUCCUGCUAAUUAUGUCGCUCUUGUUUAA